UCACCGAAACAGCUUAAUCAAGGGAAGUGAACUCCAUUUAAUAUCUGAAUGGGCCACGAUCAACAAAGGCUUCUUUAGGGUGUGCUUUUCAUAAGCUGCAAAAUGUGUGUCUUUAUAAAUUAAAUAAUGAUUUAGUUAUAGAUAUAGGUCAAUCUAUUAAUAUGUAUUAUAUUGCAUUUUUAUUUUUGGUGGUGAUUAGGCCACUUGAAGCCAAUAAUAGAUGCAGUAGGCAGAAAUCUAGAAUUGUCAGAAAUGUAAUUAAUUCUAAAAUGGUGCUACCUUUUGAAUUACUGGAUGCAGAACUGCCAAUAUCAUGUCCAUUACACCCACAUAGAGAUAUGUAUAGAAUACAAGAAGAUAAUAAAAUUAUGGAAUCAAUGAGUAAAUGGACCUGUAAUUAUUGUGGCAAGGCCUUUGUUGGCGAAGAAUUUGUGGAUAAACAUUUUGAUAAUCGUCAUAUGAAUGAAAUAGUAGCAAAAGAGAAUAUUGUAUGUUUAGCAGAUUAUUGUGAAGUAUUUAGAUGUGAUAUUAUAGCAGGUGUAAGAAAACCAGAUUAUUGGGAUUUUGCUCUGUGUAUGGAGGAUGAUAUGAAAGAAAUAUUAGAGGAAUGUAAUAAAUUAAUGGAAGACUGUAUACCUAAAUAUAUUACAGUUAAUGAAACAAAACAUUUUAGAGAUUUAUUACAAGAUGCUGUUUGUUCAUAUCUUACAUGUAAUAAAUUCUGGGAAAUUCCUAAAAAAGAGACACCUGAUGGUAAAAUAGCUCUAUAUGUAGUGAUGACAUUAUUAAUAUUAUUUGCUCUGUUAGUAUAUUAUUGUGUUUUCUACCAGUUUUACUAUACGGAUACAUUCAGUGAUUCUAUUGUAUAUGAUCCAACUCCAAGGGGUAGACAUCGUAUGGUACACCCAUCUUAUCAGGAAGUUAGACAAAGAGCUACAGCUACAAGAGGAGGUGUAGCUUGAUAAGAUUUAUUAUUGCUGUAGUGGACAUGUAAAUAUAACAGGUUAGAGUGACUGUGUUGGUCACCAUCACUGCAUAUAAUAUCAGUUAUAAAUCAUGUAAAAGUGAGCCAUUUGUGUUGCUGCGUACAAGAAUUCCAGAAAAAUAUAAUAUUUUGUGAUUUUUGGAAUGAAAAGCUCUAUGAAGUAUAAAUGUGUGUGUGAAAUAACGAAUUUAUAUUUAUUGAUAAUCGUGAAGAUAUAGUGGGAUUUUCAAGAUAUAUUAAAAUUCAUAAAUCGAUGUAAAACCAUAAACUUCAAUUUUUCAUUAUUCCAUUUUUAAAUAUAAAUUUCAUAUUUUGUAA